CCAAAGCCCAAGUUGUGCGGCAAUGAUGACAAUGGCGUCUAUUAUUCCCCCAUCGCGCCCCAGUGCACCCUGCACCCUCCUAUCCAUGCCAUUGGAAAUCCGUCAGCAUAUCUUUCGCCUUUGCACCCCCCAGAACCUCUGUUUCAACUGCUCUUGGCCUUUUGACUCUCAAAACCGCCCCGACGAUUGGCGUAAUGCGGUCGCGCUUGACGACGACGCCGGGAUAGUCGAAUCUUGGGACUCCUCCUCCUCAGACCCCGAAGAGGAUACCGACAGUGAGCCGCCCUAUGAGCCGUGUGGGCUUGAUGACUACUGUCACGAGUCUCAACGUCACCGUCCACAAGGCCUCACAUCUGGUCCGAGCGCUUUUCCCGGGCUACUUCUCGUUUGCCGCCAGAUUACUGAUGAGGUGACGCCAAUGCUGUACGGAGGUAACACUUUCAUAUUCAAUGAUCAACAUGAUGCUCGGUUUGAUACUUUGUUCGGAUUGGGCUUGGGAGCAGAGAAGCGUAUCCGGAAAAUGAUUCUGGUCCUGCGGCCCAGUGGAACUACCCAGGGUUCCCCCCUGGACUCGGACAUCUGGGAUAAAAUCCUCAGCAACGUUCUGAUACUGGGCAUCAUUGUCCCGAUGUGGGGGCCUGGCUAUCGCGAUGAGUUUGGCGCAAUAUACUCAAGCGAAGGCAUGGGUAAAUGGACCGCCUGGUUGACGUCGAUCCUCCAGUACCUAGACCGGGCUCUUCCCAAGACGACCAAAGUCGUGGUGGAUACGAACAAGGAAGAAACCACGGAUCAAUUAGUGAAGAAGGAGAUGUUUGGACGCUGUGUCUUCCAGCGACUGCGCGCUGGUGAUAGCAUUUUCAGAAGGGGGGAGUUCGCCAUCAAGACAAGACGAUCCGAUGAGUCGGACCAUGACGACUAUGACUACGACGACUAUCCGACUAGUUGUAGGGACAUCAUUGAUGAUUGCGACUACUGCCUGUACUAUUCCGACUAAAGGUGGGAAAGUUUGAUAAUUCAUGGCAGGUUGACGGUGGGCUCUUCUAGGAUUGUGGCGGAAGGGAUGAACUAACAGUCGAGAGCGAGCUGACCUAGGGAAUGAGAAACUCUAACCCGACGAGAGGCUGAUGGGAGACACAUGGAAAUGUGAAAAGCGUGCCGAUUACGGCUUGGUCUCUAUAGUUGUUUGUUUCUAAAGAGACUUGAUCAAAUGUAAAUCACGUAAAGACCAA